CAUCAAGACUGUUAUGUGGUGAUGAAGUCUGCUCUGAAGAUGAAGUAUGCAUUGAUAAUCAGUGUCGGUGUUUACCUCCUGCUUACUGUUCCAAUGAAAGACAACUUGUAUGUGGUUCAGAUGGAAAUACCUAUGGGAACAUGUGCCGCUUAAAUGCUACUAGGUGUUUCUAUGGAACAGAUAUUGAAAAAGUAUCUGAUGGAAUGUGUCCAGAUUAUUCAUGUGAGACACAUGACUGCAACAAUGAUGAAGAGUGUUUUAUAAAUGAAAAUGAUGAACCAGAUUGUCGAUGCAAAGAUUACUGUGAUGAUGACUUUGAUCCUGUCUGUGCUACUGAUGGGAUUCUUUACGAUAACAGAUGUAAAUUUCGUGUACAUAGAUGUAGGACUGAUGAAGAUAUUGCAAUUGAUGACACAGGAUCAAGUUGUGAACCAGAACAAGAAGAUGUUGAUGAUUCAUGUACAAGAUCAUGUAGUCCAGAUACUGUAUCCGUUGCAUGUCAGCGUGUUGUGGAUCAGGAAUGUUUUGUUUUAAUUGGAAUACUUGAUACUAAGUAUGAAGAUAAUAGCCAAACCUUUUACGAAAUUAAUGUGACGCAAGCAGUUGGACACCAAAAACCUCCUGUUAAUGGAUCUCCUGUGUAUCUUUAUGGACCAUCUAGAAAAGAUGAUGGGUGUCUUUGUCCGCCAAUAGAAGAGAUAAAUAACAUGUAUGUUAUAUUUGGGUCAAAAGAUAACUUCAGAUUUAUUGUUGAAAACUACAAUUUUGCAGCUAUAUUAGAUGAAGAUAUGUCAGAGCAAUUGAAGAGAGAAUGUGCUAUAUACUUUAGCAGUAAUUAA